ACGCCUCACGUGACCUGGCCGGCAGCUAAGGCGAAGAUGGCCACCGUCUCUUUGGGUUGAAGGAGACGGAGCGCUCCUCAACCGCUUUCCCACCACCGCUACUACUAUCGUACUGCUACCAGCACCACCACCACGACGUCAACAGCAGGAGCAGCGCCGUCCUCCUCCAAAUUCUCGUCCUCGACCGCUCCUUUUCGCCGAUAACUGGCAUUGUGGAACCUGACUACUAAGGAUGGCUAAUCUGAUGUCUCAGAGUUUGGUGACUUACGUAGAAGAAGAAAAUGUUCCUGCUUUGAAAGCAUUUCUUGAGAAGUGCAAAGAUGUGGAUGAAAGGGAUGAGAAUGGUCAGACUCCUUUAAUGCUAGCUGCAGAGCAAGGCAAUUUAGAAAUUGUCCAAGAACUGAUAAAGAAAGGCGCCAAUUGUAACUUGGAAGAUUCAGAUAACUGGACAGCUCUUAUCUCUGCAUCUAAAGAAGGGCAUAUUGCUAUUGUAUCAGAACUCUUAGCAUGCAAUGUGAAUAUAGAACAUCGAGACAUGGGUGGGUGGACAGCCCUUAUGUGGGCAUGCUACAAAGGCUCUACUGAAGUAGCUGAACUGCUUCUUGAAAGAGGAGCAAACCCAAACAUCACUGGUAUACAAUAUAGUGUGUAUCCAAUAAUUUGGGCAGCAGGUCGAGGCCAUUCUCGUAUAGUGCAACUGUUGCUGCAACAUGGAGCUAAAGUCAACUGCUCUGACAAGUAUGGUACUACACCAUUGAUCUGGGCAGCAAGAAAAGGACAUCUGGACUGUGUAAAGUAUUUGUUGCAGAUGGGAGCAGAUGUAGAUCAGGAAGGAGCUAAUUCUAUGACUGCACUUAUUGUAGCAGUAAAAGGUGGCUUUACAGAUUCAGUGAAAGAAAUUCUGAAAAGAAAUCCAAAUGUGAACUUAACAGAUAAAGAUGGAAAUACAGCUUUGAUGAUUGCUUCAAAGGAGGGUCACAUAGAAAUUGUGCAAGAUCUCUUAGAUGCAGGAACCUAUGUGAAUAUUCCUGAUCGAAGUGGAGAUACCGUGCUGAUUGGGGCUGUCAGAGGUGGUCAUGUUGAAAUUGUGAGAGCAUUGCUUCAUAAAUAUGCUGAUAUAGACAUUAGGGGUCAGGAUAAUAAAACAGCUUUAUAUUGGGCUGUUGAAAAGGGAAAUGCUACCAUGGUAAGAGAUAUUUUGCAGUGUAAUCCAGACACUGAAAUAUGUACAAAGGACGGUGAAACACCUCUUAUAAAGGCAACCAAAAUGAGAAAUAUUGAAAUAGUUGAGCUUCUGCUGGACAAAGGAGCAAAAGUUUCUGCUGUAGAUAAGAAAGGAGACACUCCACUUCAUAUUGCUAUUCGUGGCAGGAGCCGUAGGCUUGCAGAAUUGCUGUUACGAAAUCCUAAAGAUGGCAGACUACUUUAUAGGCCUAAUAAAGCUGGGGAAACCCCUUACAACAUUGAUUGCAGCCAUCAGAAAAGUAUUUUAACUCAAAUCUUUGGUGCUAGGCACUUGUCUCCUACUGAAUCAGAUGGGGAUAUGCUGGGUUAUGAUCUCUACAGUAGUGCAUUAGCUGACAUUCUUAGUGAACCAACAAUGCAGCCACCGAUUUGUGUUGGCUUGUAUGCCCAGUGGGGAAGUGGCAAAUCUUUCUUGCUCAAGAAACUUGAAGAUGAAAUGAAAACAUUUGCAGGACAGCAGAUUGAACCUUUGUUUCAAUUUUCCUGGCUUAUUGUGUUCCUUUCACUUUCAUUGUGUGGCGGCCUUGGUUUAUUGCUUGCAUUUACCGUAGAUGAAAAACUUGGAAUAGCAGUGGCGUUGAGUUUAUUGGCACUGCUAUAUGUAUUUUUCACUGUAAUAUAUUUUGGGAGCCGAAGAGAAGGAGAAAAUUGGAAUUGGGCAUGGGUGCUUAGUACAAGAUUGGCAAGACAUAUUGGCUACAUGGAAUUACUUCUUAAACUCAUGUUUGUGAACCCACCUGAGCUGCCAGAACAAACUACUAAAGCCUUACCCGUCAGGUUUCUCUUUACAGAUUACAAUAGAUUGUCUAGUGUAGGUGGAGAAACCUCAAUGGCUGAAAUGAUUGCCACCCUUUCAGAUGCCUGUGAGAGAGAAUUUGGGUUUUUAGCAACACGUCUUUUUCGAGUAUUCAAAACUGAAGAAACUCAAGGUAAAAAGAAAUGGAAAAAAACUUGUUGUCUCCCAUCUUUCGUUAUCUUCCUCUUUAUUCUGAGCUGCAUUGUGUCUGGGAUCACUCUUAUAGCCUAUUUCAAAGUAAAUCCUGAAAACAUGACAGUGAAUGCUAUUCUGAUUUCAUUUUUAUGCGUUGUGGGUUUGAGCUUUAUCUUGAACUGUCGCACGUGGUGGCAAGUGAUGGACUCCAUCUUAAAUUCACAGAGAAAACGGCUUCACAGCGCUGCUUCAAAACUACACAAACUGAAGAGUGAGGGGUUUAUGAAAGUUCUUAAAUGUGAAGUGGAGCUGAUGGCAAAAAUGGCAAAAACUAUAGAUAGCUUUACUCAGAAUCAAACCAGGCUUGUAGUAAUUAUUGAUGGAUUGGAUGCCUGUGAACAGGAUAAAGUUUUACAGAUGCUUGAUACAGUCCGAGUCCUUUUUUCUAAAGGUCCAUUUAUUGCCAUUUUUGCUAGUGAUCCUCAUAUCAUUAUCAAGGCAAUUAAUCAGAAUCUGAACAGUGUACUAAGAGACUCAAAUAUAAACGGACAUGAUUACAUGAGGAAUAUAGUUCAUUUACCUGUAUUUCUUAAUAGUCGUGGACUCAGUAGUGCUAAAAAGAUGAUGGUAGCUGCAACCACGAAUGGAGAUGUUCCAUAUACAGAUAGUUCAGGAUUUCAUGAAGACAUUGAUCGAAGAAUUUCACAGAAUAGCCUGGGAGAUGUGACUAAGCUUGGAAGUAAAACAGCUCUCAAUAGAAGGGAUACCUACAGAAGAAGGCAAAUGCAGCGUACCAUUACACGUCAGAUGUCUUUUGAUUUGACCAAGCUAUUGGUUACAGAAGACUGGUUCAGUGAUAUUAGCCCACAGACAAUGAGGCGAUUGCUUAAUAUUGUUUCUGUGACAGGACGUUUAUUGAGAGCUAAUCAGAUCACUUUCAACUGGGAUAGGCUGGCAAGCUGGAUCAACUUGACAGAGCAAUGGCCAUAUAGAACAUCCUGGCUUAUAUUAUAUUUGGAAGAAACAGAAGGUGUUCCAGAUCAACUAACUUUAAAAACAAUCUAUGAGAGAAUUUCAAAGAAUAUUCCAACAACUAAAGACGUUGAACCUUUACUAGAAAUUGAUGGUGAUAUUCGAAAUUUUGAAGUAUUUUUGUCAUCACGAACUCCAGUCCUUAUAGCACGAGAUGUAAAAACAUUUUUACCAUGUACAGUGAAUCUUGAUCCCAAACUGCGAGAAAUUAUUGCAGAUGUCCGGGCUGCAAGAGACCAAAUUAAUAUUGCAGCAAUUCCAUAUCCUGCAAUGCCUAUACAAGAUGCAGCACCCAGAGCAUCAUCAGUAUUUAGUCAGCCAUCGUCAGCCUGCUCUUCAACCCAUUCUUUUAAUGGACCUUUCAAUGGAGGAGUUGUAUCACCACAGCCCCAUAGCAGCUACUACAGUGGAAUGACAGGACCUCAGCAUCCAUUUUAUAACAGACCAUUCUUUGCCCCAUAUGUUUACAUGCCAAGGUAUUACCCUGGCAGUUCUCAUCUCACCUCCCGUCCAUCACUAAAACCGAAUUUGUCCAGGGAACAAAGCAAUGGUCUAGAUAUUAUCAAGGAGGAUGUUGAUGAGUGGCUAUCGAUACCCACAGAGCCCUCAAUGCUAUGUAAAACUGGGUUAAAAAGACAAAGACAGGGGACAGUCCCUGGAACAGGAGCAUCCCAUGUUCCUUUGAGCACAAUGAGUGUAGAUGCCGUGUGUGAGAAGCUGAAACAUAUAGAAGGACUAGAUCAGACUAUGCUGGCUCAGUAUUCUGCAACUAUAAAGAAGGCUAAUAUAAACGGUCGUGUUUUAGCACAGUGUAACAUUGAUGAACUAAAACGUGAGAUGAACAUGAAUUUUGGAGACUGGCAUCUCUUCAGGAGUGCAGUACUUGAUAUGAGAAAUGCAGAAAGUCAAGUUGUCCAUGAAGAUUCUCGAACAGUGAAUGAGCAUGCCAACCCAAUUCCUCAUAAUGAUCUCACUCGGCGUCCAACUCUAAACAAUGAAUUACCCCAUACGGAACUUACUGGUCUUCCAGGUCAAGCUCCUUAUGCUCUCAAUUUUAGCUUUGAAGAGCUGAACAAUAUUGGCCUAGAGGAAGCCCCUCCACGUCAUAGCAAUCUAAGCUGGCAGUCACAAGCCCGCCGGACUCCAAGUCUUUCAAGUCUCAAUUCUCAAGAUUCUAGUAUUGAAAUUUCAAAGCUUACUGAUAAGGUACAAGCAGAAUAUAGAGAUGCAUAUAGAGAAUAUAUUGCUCAAAUGUCACAGUUAGAAGGAGGUGCAAGUUCUAGUACAGUUAGUGGUAGGUCUUCACCACAUAGUUCAGCAGCAUUUUACAUGGGCCAGAGUACAUCCACAGGUUCUCUUCAUUCCAGUAUGGAACAAGAUAAGGCAAAGGAUGCUGAACAGAAACAAGAUGAUGGAAGGAAAUCCUUCUUGAUGAAGCGGAAUGAUGUUGUAGAUUACAGUAGUUCAGUAUCUACUAAUGAUGCAUCUCCAUUAGAUCCCAUUACUGAAGAAGAUGAAAAAUCAGAUCAGUCUGGAUCCAAGCUUCUUUCUGGGAAGAAAUCUUCAGAAAGAACUAGCAUUUUCCAAGCUGCAGAUCUGAAGUUGAAAGGAGUAGCUCUACGUUAUCAGAAACUUCCAAGUGAUGAAGAUGAGUCUGGAACAGAAGAAUCUGAUAAUACACCUCUCCUCAAGGAAGGUAAAGACCGGAAAACAGAAGGAAAAGUAGAGAAACAGUCCAAAUCUCCAGAACAUGGCUCUGAGCCCAUCAGAACCUUGAUUAAAGCAAAGGAGUAUUUGACAGAUGCUCUUCUAGACAAAAAGGAUUCCUCUGAUUCUGGAGUAAGAUCCAACGAAAGCUCUCCAAAUCAUUCUCUCCAUAAUGAUGGAGAUGAUUCACAGCUUGAAAAAGCAAAUCUCAUUGAGCUGGAAGAUGAUGGCCGCAGUGGAAAAAGGGGAAUUCCCCAUAGCUUGAGUGGCCUUCAAGAUCCAACAAUUGCACGUAUGUCAAUUUGUUCAGAAGAUAAGAAAAGUCCUUCAGACAGCAGUUUAAUAGCAAGCAGUCCGGAAGAGAAUUGGCCAGCAUGUCAAAAAGUCUACAAUUUAAAUAGAACGCCUAGCACAGUCACCCUGAAUAAUAACAGUGCACCAACCAAUAGACCCAAUCAGAAUUUUGAGGAGACUGACGGUAUCAUAGUAGAACCUCCUCAAAUCAUUCUGUGUCCUGGAUCGAGUUCUAACUCGGUGUCAGUUCAGAAUGAUAAUAUUAAAAGUGUGACCCAUAAGCGUAGUCAGCGUUCAAGUUAUUCAAGGCUUUCAAAAGAUUCUUCUGAGCUUCUGACGGUUACUGGUUCUGAUGCUGCAGGCUUUGGAGAAGAGAGAGAGAGUAUUCUUUGAAAGUAAUCCAAGUUACCACAUUGCCCCCAUCUACCUGAUUGAUUUAUUUAUUUUUUUUAUACAGCCUCCUUUUCUUAGUUCCUCAUCAGAUUUACACAUUUCUUUAUCAUUCCAGUUGCAGCUUGGUUCUCUGUCCUCUGCUCAUGUUUGCUCUUCUAAAAAAAAUAGGGUUGUAAUCCAGUCAAAAUCUCAUGGUUUAGAAUAGAAAAAAUACAUAAUAUAUUGAAAAUUAGUUGAAUAAUGGCCAGAAUAAAUGAGUAGCCAUUGAUCAGGUAAAAAUGGUGUUCAAUUUUUCUAGGGCAAGUAUAUAUGUUUUGGUCUGCAUGUUGAAAAGUAAUGCUGAGAUAAAAAUGAAUAUCGUACAUCUAUGUAAGAAUCAAUGUACCAAUUUGAUUUAACAUUUUAAAUUAUCAAAUAAAGGAACGGGGUAGAGGUCUACAAAUUUGAUACCUAUGAUUUUAUACUUUUCAGUCCCGUGACACUUUAAAAAGUAUUGAUGUUUAAAUCGCUGAAAUUGAAAUAUUAAAUCAUUUUUUGCUGGUUUAAAUGAUUUUGUCUUUGGGAAUGCUAUAUUUGUAAUUCUAAAUUUGAGGAAAGAAUACUGCAUGUUUGAAAUGAUAAUGGUACUCAAGAUUUAAGAAUUGUCUGAAUUUUUUGUUAACCAUAGACUGUAGUAUAACAAUAGUUCUAAAAUAAUUGUGAAGAGUAACUGUGGUUGCGGUGUUCUGUAGUAUUAUUUUCAAGGGAGUGCUUUGAUGUAAUCUUUUGAACGUAUUUCUAAUUUUAAACAAUAGUGGCCUUUGAUUAAUGUGUUUUAUUUGAUUGUGGAGAGCAAACAGAAUUGGUGGCUUUCAUGGCCUUAGUACUUAGCAAAAAUGUAAUGUUUGCCUUUAUGUAGCAAUGUAGCAUAUAAUUAUGUCCAUUCUGUUUUUAGCAUUGUGGAUAAAGUAUCAGUACUUUAUAUGCAAAUGAAAAUGCAUGAUUUUAAAUAGGAUUUGUGAAUUGUAUACAUUCCACUACAAUGGAGAUAAUAAUAAAAUCACAGGCAUGCUU